AUGGCUUCUGCUCCGGAUUUUCUUCUAACCCUGAACAGCAGCACUUCAACCACAACCGCCAACGGCGCUGUCAGGGCCAAAGGGCUGGUCGUCUUCUCUGGAGGAAGUGCUGCCAACAACCUUGUCGAUGUCUUCGAAACGGUGCGAGAAGACAAGAGGUGCCCUUUGAGCUACGUGAUUCCUAUCAGUGACAAUGGCGGGAGCUCCUCUGAGCUGAUACGCGUCUUUGGUGGCCCAGGAAUAGGUGAUGUGCGAAGCCGUCUCGUGCGUUUGAUCCCAGAUGACCCAGACAACGACGACAGCGAAGAAGCAGCCAUCAAAGCUUUCUUCAACCACCGUCUGCCGAAAGAGCAGAUAUCGGCAAAGCAAGAGUGGAUCCAGAUCGUGGAAGCGCAGCACGCACUCUGGAUGAACAUCUCAACGGCGAAGAAAGAACUGAUACGUUCGAUCCUCAACCAUGUGGCCUUUGAGAUCAUCAAGCGUCGUAGACCAUCAUCGACGUUCGACUUCUCAGGUGCCAGCAUUGGCAAUCUGUUCUUGACCGGCGCACGGCUCUUUACUGGCUCGUUCGAGUCCGCCAUCUACCUCCUCUCCAGCAUCUGUUCAGUACCAAGCCAUACUUCCGUCCUACCCGCCAUCAACACAAACUUCACGCAUCACAUCUCGGUCGGCCUAGCCAACGGUGAAAUCAUUACCGGCCAAAACUCAAUAUCCCACCCUUCCAUGUCAACAGCGCUGGAGUUUGGUGCCGCAUCUUCCUCUCACGACGAAGUUGAAGAGCACGACCGCAUCGAAGACGCCAACCUUCCCGGCUCCCUCCCCACCCUACGAAAGCAGUACAUCACUUUCUCCAAAGCCGACGAGGAAGAGCUUCCCGCGCGAAUCGAAAGACUGUGGUACAUCAACCCCUAUGGCCAGGAAAUUCGACUCGCUGCAAACCCUAUGGUGCUCAACGCCUUGAACGAGGCCCAAGCCGUCAUAUACAGUAUCGGGUCCCUCUACACAUCGAUCGUUCCCUCUCUCGUAUUGAAAGGCAUCGGCGAAGCCCUCAGCAACCCGCAGAUCCGUUACAAAAUCUUAAUCCUCAACUCAACGCUCGAUCGCGAAACAGGACCGUCAUCAACCCCCUACUCCGCGUUGGACUUUGUGGCUGCGAUUGCGAAAGCUGGUGCUGAAUCGAAGGGUAUUCUCGAGACGCCUUCCAUAAGCACGUACAAACAUUACGUCACCCACAUCGUUCAUCUCACGGGUCCUGGCACACCAGCUGUCGACAAGGAGGAGCUGAGGAGCCUCGGAAUCGAAGCUAUCAGAGUGUAUGGGAGAAAGAACGAAGGAGAGAACUUUGUUAGGUACGAUGAGAGGGCCUUGAUUCAGGCACUGGAGGUCACGAUGGGUAAGAGGGACCCGAGAGUAGUUUCGAGGAGGAACACAUUAGAGGGUCCAGCAAGAUAG